UGCACGAGGCUCCGGACAGGGUCCACGGUUGUUGAGUGAGUUAUCCUCUUACACAUACACGAUCUUUGGCCACAAAAGCAGCAACCACGAAACAUGGCAGGCACCCCGGCUAAACGUGAAAUUGACAGUGUUGUAACUGAUGAAUUAGCUCAGAAAGUCAAGAGGGGGAAAGCCGACAAUGAGAAUGGUGGAGGAGAAGUUGGAAAGGAACCUGAAUCCGAAAAUAUUCUGCGUGAGUUUAAAACGUCCAAAGUCUUGAGUGAUUCUGCCCGGGAGAAAAACAUCUUCAUUCAUGGAAAGCUUGCCGAUCAGGAGGCUGUGGUUAUCCUGGAGAAGACUCCCAUCAGAGAAGACACCCUGGCUGAGCUUUUCAGCGGUUCCAGGCUGAAACUGGAGAUGAAGAACGACAUCUACAGCACAUAUCGUUUACAGGCUCCCCCUCAACUCAAUGAGAUCAAGACUACAGUCGUGUGUCCAGCCACAGAGAAGCACGUCAAGAAAUACCAGCGACAGGAGAGUUUCCUCGUGGAGGAGACUGGGGAGGACUAUCAGUCCAUCACAUUGCCCUACAUUCAGAAGCAGAGUUUCAGCGUGCAGUGGGUGUACAACAUCCUUGAGAAGAAGGCAGAGGCUGACCGGAUAGUUUAUGAAGAUCCGGAUCCAAAAGUUGGCUUUGUCCUCCUCCCAGAUUUCAAAUGGGACCAGAAACAGGUUGAUGACUUAUACCUGAUUGCUAUAGUACAUCAGAGAGACAUCCGGAGUCUCAGAGACCUGACGUCAGAGCAUCUACCACUGCUGCAGAACAUCUUCCAGAAAGGAAAGGAGGCCAUCCUGGAGCGCUACAAGCUUCCAGCCAGCAAGCUGCGAGUCUACCUGCACUACCAGCCGUCCUACUAUCACCUCCACGUCCACUUCACCAAGCUGGGCUACGAGGCGCCCGGCUGCGGGGUCGAGCGGGCCCACCUCCUCGCAGACGUUAUCCAAAACCUGCAGUCUGACCGCCAGUACUACAAAAGCCGGACCCUGUACUUCCCCCUGAGGGCCGACGACGGACUGCUCAGCAAGUUCAAGGAGACGGGGAGGCUGUAACGGACCGUCUCAUGCACUUAUUCACCGCAUUAGUUAGAUUCCCAGCCAAACUGUGUUUUUCGGAUAAUACAUUCAUACAUAAUUUGUACCUGUUUGUGUGAAUCCUCAGCAAGGUGUUUUUUGUAAUAAUUGUCAUAUUCCUGCUUUCAUUAUGAGAAAAGGAGAGAACAUAGGAGUGGACGGGGCAAGAGUCAAACCAGUGGAUGAAGGAUGUUUCUGUCAAUCUCUGUUUGAAUGUUUUUCACGUUUUCUAUGGUGACUGAAUUAAAGAGUCAUUUUUUUCUACUCA